AUGACCCCCAACCAGACCAGAGUGGCUGAUGUAGUGGCUGCCACUGUGGCUGAGGCCGGUUCUCUCUGGGCUGAGGCCGCUCUGCCGGACCGUUUUGCCCGUCGCUCCCGCCCGGCGCCCAAACAGCCGGACUUCCGGUACGUCUCCGCGGCUCGGGAGCGGGAAGCGGGGCAAGCUGUUCUAGAAGGCCAGCAAGGAGGGUUCUCCCUUCGGUUCCCCACAACUCGUGCUGUGGCUGCCAUGCAGAUGGAUCCUGAGCUGGCGAAGCAGCUCUUCUUUGAAGGGGCCACUGUGGUCAUUCUGAAUAUGCCCCGGGGAACAGAGUUUGGCAUUGACUACAACUCCUGGGAAGUGGGGCCCAAGUUCCGAGGGGUGAAGAUGAUCCCACCAGGUGUCCAUUUCCUCCACUACAGCUCCGUGGACAAGGCCAAUCCCAGAGAGGUGGGCCCUCGGAUGGGCUUCUUCCUCCACCUGCAGCAGCGAGGGCUGACAGUCCUGCGCUGGAACGCCAUCCGGGAAGAGAUAGAUUUGUCCCCAGCACCAGAAGCUGAGGUAGAAGCCAUGAGGGCCAAUCUGCCAGAGCUGGACCAGUUUUUGGGACCUUACCCAUAUGGUACACUCCGGAAAUGGAUCUCACUCACUAACUUCAUCAGCGAGGCCACCGUGGAGAAGUUGCAACCUGAGAGCCGGCAGAUCUGUGCCUUCUCAGAUGUGCUGCCUGUACUCUCCAUGAAGCAUACCAAAGACCGGGUGGGGCAGAAUCUACCCCACUGUGGCACUGAGUGCAAAACCUACCAAGAGGGUUUGGCCCGCCUGCCUGAAAUGAAGCCCCAAGCUGGGACAGAGAUCCGCUUCUCAGAGUUGCCCACUCAAAUGUUCCCAGCCGGAGCCACCCCAGCAGAGAUAACCAGACACAGCAUGGACCUGAGCUACGCCCUAGAGACCGUGCUCAGCAAGCAGUUCCCAGGCAGCCCCCAGGAUGUGCUCGGUGAACUCCAGUUUGCCUUUGUGUGCUUCCUCCUGGGCAAUGUGUAUGAGGCAUUUGAGCACUGGAAGCGGCUCCUGAACCUUCUGUGCCGGUCAGAAGCAGCUAUGGUGAAGCACCACGAACUCUACAUCAACCUUAUCUCCAUCCUCUACCACCAGCUUGGCGAGAUCCCUGCUGACUUCUUCGUGGACAUCGUUUCUCAGGACAACUUCCUCACCAGCACCUUACAGGUUUUCUUUUCCUCUGCCUGUAGCAUUGCUGUGGACGCCACCCUGAGGAAGAAAGCGGAAAAGUUCCAGGCCCACCUGACCAAGAAGUUUCGGUGGGAUUUUGCCUCGGAGCCUGAGGACUGUGCCCCAGUGGUGGUGGAGCUCCCUGAGGGGGUGGAAAUCAGCUGACUGGGGUGUUCGGGCCAUGAGAAACCCCUUCCUGUGCAGCUACAGCCAGGCCUCUCCACUUACCCUAACCUCUGCUGGGACCACAGAUCCUGCCAGCACACGUGGAGCCAAAUUUCUCUCCAUCAGUAAACAAGUUCCUGCAUUGCCAAGGCUGUGCCUGUCCUGAAGGCACAUUUGUGGGUUCCUCAUCAGCCUGGCUCUGAUGCUGACCUGACUGAAUUUCAGAAGCCCAGAUGAGACCUGCCUUGGUAGCCUGAUUCCUGCUGAUAAAAAUGGAACCCAAGCCC